AUGUCUUCACCGGUUAAACCAUCCAAGUUUGAGGCCUAUGUCGUACGGUCGUCCUCGCCAGCAGAUCUUCCCGACCUGAAGGAGUUAUUCAAGAAAAGCCCAAGAAAGGCGCCGCCAUUGCGAAGUGGGAGCAAUGCAGCAGCAAUCCCAGCCACUGCUCGAACCACCUUUGCGAGCGCCGCUGAUAUACUGCGCGAGGCCCCCGAAAUUGACAUAGACACGGAGCAGAUCACAUAUUCGCCUCCCCGAAAACCGAAACCUGCGAGAAAGCCCAGAGCGAAAUCCCAGAAAGCAAAAGAUGCGCUUGGUGCAGGAGACGAUGCCGGUGUCGUACUCUCACCAAAGCGCUUCCAGAGUAAAUCCAAGACAAAGACAGAAAUCCCAUUCGACGAUAUUCCAUCAGCCCAGCCUCCAUUGCUAAAGGGUCGGGUCACAAAAAAGACAGCUACAGACAAGGGCAAGGCAAAAAAGAAGGUUGAAACUGUUUCUCACCAUUUUGCCAAUGUACCAGAAGACACUGCAGAAAAGGAUCCGACCGACAAUGGGCAUUCGAAAACAUCCCUCGAAUCUCAGCAACCUCCGGAACCAGCAUUGGCAAGGCGGAUAGACUGGACGCCGCCACGUGCAAACAGUGCUCCUAUAGUUCUCGACUCUGAGUCAGAUGACAAGGAGCUCCUCUCUUCGAUCGAGAAAGCCGCAGCUUCCAAGGACGUUUUUCAAAAUCUGUUCGACGAGUUUGCACACAAGAAAAGGGAGAUCAAUGAACAAGGGAAUCAAGAGGCAUCAGAGGCGUCGCGUGAAGUUUUGAAAAAGCGCAAACGUCUUGAACUUGUGUCUAUAACCGACGACAAACCGGAGAAACAGUCGAAACAGUCCAAAGAAACAUCACCCGUCAAACCCCCUACUGCCAAGAAGAAGGCUAGAACCAUUACCGAGCUUGCCACGGCACCGUAUGCUCCUCCAGAGUUUACCGACGUUGAUUUGCUCGCUCCCGGGACCAAGGAUUCUCUACUCAGAUACUUUGAUACCGAUGGUCAAGUUACAGCCCUAGUCGAGCACCAGUCUAUCGCCAUGGACAGGAACAGCGAUAAGCCCAAGAAGAAGCCAGCAAAACCUAGAAAGAAGAAGGGAGCCACCAUCGAGGACCCGAUUCUCCUAUCACCAAGUUCGGCAUUGAAACAAUCCACGGCACAGGACUUUCUCUUUGGCACUUCGAGCCAGCUUAUGCUAGAAGAUUCCCCAAGAACAUUGCGCAACUUGCAAGCGGCUAUCAAAGCUUCAAUGCAAGAUGAUCCUUUUGCGCAGGACGAUCCUUUUGGGAGUUCACCACCUCAGGCUGCCAAAAGGACUGGGCUGUGGCAUGCUGGAGCGAGAGGCACAGAUGGUGAUCUGCUGGAAGCUGAAACUAUCGAACUCAUCGGCGACAGAGUGGAGGCUGCUACUGCUGUUAUUCAAACAGAAUCUGUUGGCAAGAAUGAUGCAAAAGGAGACUUUAUUGAUAUCGGGGAUGUAUUGUCAAGCCCGCCACAGACUGUAAAUGCUCCAACAAAUCCCAAGUCACAUUUUUGGCAAUACCAAAAGAAGGCCGACGGUAUCGCCGAGAUCACAUCUGCGAACACUUCGGAACCUCCGUCUUCAACGCAAGAGCCGUCAACGAGCAAGGAAACUGAUGAUGCAUUGACGCCCCGCCCGAAAUAUGAGCUCUUUACCGAUGCUCAGCUAGCCAAGCAGAUCAACACAUUCGGUUUCAAGCCUGUCAAGAGGCGGCAGGCAAUGAUAGCACUACUCAACCAGUGUUGGGUGGACCAACAUCCUGGUGCUUCGUUGGCAUCAUCAACAUUGGGUGCACCAGCGUCAAUAUCAACGUCUGCCGUCCGGAACAACCCCAGAAAACAAGACUCUGCAGCAUCUGUGGCUGAAGCUGAGACCAUGAAAAAACCGCGCGGUCGACCAAAGAAGGACAAAUCUAUAGUGUCAGUGGAACCCCAAGUGGUCUCACCAAAGAGAGGACGUGGCCGUCCAAGGAAAGUAUCUGUGGAUGGAAAUGGUGCCACAAAUCUAGAGGAGGCGACAGCUUCUCCAAGACGAAAGAAAUCGUCCAAGAAGGAAAAGGAGAUUGCGGAUUCGGAGAACGAUGAUCUUUCGCUUUCUCCUCAUUCCCGCCCGGAAUCUGUAUUCUCGUCACCUCCGCCGAUGGACCUCUCAUUGAUGGAAGAGGGCGAAACCUCUCUGAAUCUCGAUCCCACUGAACAGGAGGCAGACAUGUUCGCUCACAUAACAAAAGCAGUCACCUCUGCCCCGCGGUCAAGAGAUCCAGAUGAGCCAUCAUGGCAUGAAAAGAUGCUGAUGUAUGACCCCGUGGUACUAGAAGAACUGACGGCGUGGUUAAACAGUGGGCAGCUCACAAGAGUGGGCUAUGAUGGAGAAGCCUCGCCUGCAGAGGUUAAGAAAUGGUGCGAGUCGAAAAGUAUAAUUUGCCUUUGGAAAGAGAAUACUCGAGGCAAGGAGAGAAAACGAUAUUGA